CUCAAUCGAGUGGGUGACGUCGCCGCCGCUUUCCGACUUCCCGGCAUCCUCUGCGUGCGGAGCGGCCUGGUGCGGCGGUUGCCAUGGAGGGCGCCGCGGUGCUGCUGCGAGUGAAGAGGAAGCGCGGCGGGCCGGUGCCGGCCGAGGCGCUGGUGUUGGCCUGCAAGCGGCUGCGGACUGAGGAAGAGGCCGCCGCCGCCGCCCAGGAUGGAGUGGAGAAGAACCUCUUCAAGCUGGUGGCCACCGUGGCUUCGGAGAACGAGCCUAUUCAGAAGUAUGUACAAGAAGCAUUUGCCAAGGGCAAAGCAGCCCAGCUCCUGAGACCUUCGCUAGGAAGUGCCCAGAGAGUCAUGCAGAGCCUUCGUUCUUCCAAGCAAGCCAAUAGGCAGGAAAGUCGCUACCGCCUGGUUGCCAGCCACCGUCCAAAUCUCACGGAUGGGGAAAAAGUUGUUCUUGAUGCAAGUGGUGUGGAGUCAGGUGAAAACAGCCAGUUGGUCUCUGAAGCAAAAAAGGACGUUUCCCAGAAAGAAAGCCAUGAUACUUCAGACUAUUGUGGAGAAUUUCAGCUGCUUGAUAUUGUACAGGAGGAAGAUGUGGAGAAAGACACUGCUGUGCACUUGAAGAAACCUGAUGAUCCGGACGUGAUUCUUUGCAAUGCUGUUGAGAUGAUUCGUCAACGUUUAACAGUAUCUGGCAGUAGUAAAGAAGCAGAGUGCAGCACAAAGGGAAAAGAAUAUGUUUAUGACAUCUACUGUAUUGAAACAGCCCCCCCUGGCUGGAUUGAGAACAUACUAUCUGUACAGCCCUACACACAGGAGUGUGAACUGGUGGAUGGAGAUCACAUCUCAGAAGAAAUAUAUGAUGACGAUGACGACGAGAAUAACGAGAAUAACUGGCGUAAUGACUACCCAGAUGAAGAUGAGGUUUUUUCUGAGGAAGAAUCUGAGAGUGGGAGCAUUAGCGAUGAAGAUAGUGGAUAUAUCAGGAGAACGUGGUCAAAAUACCAGUCUGAUGUCCUACAGGAGUUUGAAUAUGAUGAGUUGCAAGAGCUGGAUUCUGAGUAGAGCACUGAAACGUCAAUGCCUGGAAGAUGCAUCAGUGCCAUCUUGCCUUGAAAGUCUAUGGUGCCACACCAUGACCCUGCAGUCAAAGCCAUUUAUUUACAGCGAAUGCUGCUUGGGGUGUUUUUUACUUAUGACUAUGCUUAUCUCCAAGAGGAAACAGUAUACUUUUAAGAAAUGUCUCUUAAAAUGGAAUAUUCUAUCUGCACUUCUUGCAGCUUUUAAAAGUGCACCAUAUAUGAAAGAUUCCCUAAACUUAAGAUACCUGAUUUCACCAUCUUGAUAUGCUUGAAGACUAUUUCUCAUUUUAAGCAGAGGAUUAAGAAAGAUUCCUUCUUAAAAGAAAGGUUUCAGUUUUUCAAACCUGGUCCUACAGAACUGAAAGCACUGGUGAAAUGAGAAUAAAGCAAGCAGAAGCCUUGUCCUCAAUGAUUCUUGCAAGAUCUCUUCCUCCUGUUGCACACUGUGAAUUGAAAUGGGAUAGUUAACCACGAAAGGUGGAUUUCUUCUUUGCACUUUAGACUGCCAAGUAAUAUGUAGUUCUGUGGACUUGAAUAUGUAAAUAAAAGGUAGCUUUUCUUGAA